AUGGAUGAAUGCUGGGAUGACAAUCCUGAUCCUUGGGUGGAACCCGCAAAUCCAGCUCCCCAAAGUACGCAAUAUAACACAAAUAAUUGGUACCAGGAGCGCCCUCAGCAAAAUUUCAGAAGGGGACGUCAAGGAUCAAAAAUAGCAUCGCUACAAGAAGAGUCGGGUGCUCGAAUACACAUCGAUAAAAAUUCAUUUGGUGAGGAAACCGAGAUAAAAAUUUCUGGAGAUUCAGCUGCCAUUCAAAAGGCCAAAGAGUUAAUAAUGGAUUUAACAGUGGAGAGAAAAGCAAAUUAUGAGCAAAAUAAUAAACCACCAGAAGAACCUAAACAAGAAAUGGAUCUAGAUACCUUCCUAAAACAAUGCGAAGACGCAGAACAGGCAGAAUGGGCAAAGUACCCCCCAACCGUAAAAAACUUUUACGAAGAACACCCGCAAAUAUCAAAAAUGUCGCAAAAAGAGGUUGACGAAUUUCGCCUAUCUAACAACAAUACUAUGAUUAUAUUGGAACUAAUAAAAGAAGCCGGAUUUACAGAACCUUCGCCAAUUCAGUCUCAAGCUUGGCCUGUGCUCCUAAGUGGCGAAGAUCUUAUAGGAAUCGCUCAAACUGGAACAGGCAAAACAUUGGCAUUCCUUUUACCCGCAUUAAUCCAUAUCGAGGGACAAAUUACUCCUCGCCAAGAAAGAUCAGGACCGUCUGUGCUCGUCAUGGCUCCAACGAGGGAAUUAGCAUUACAGAUUCACAACGAAGUACAAAAAUACAAAUACAGAGGUAUCACUUCACUUCAAAUGGAAUCACAGCGAGUCCUUAGAUCAUCCGCCUCCGCGGAUAGAGCGACUGAUGGUGAUCCGCAACCUCCCGUGGAUCAGCCACAGCGACACUGA